AUGGCUAUGCCCAAGAGGUUUUCCCAAUGGGAUGAAAAGGCCCCUAAAGAUUACGACCCAGACACCGACCAUCCAGCAGACAGCGACAGCGGAAGUGAAGAUGAAGCCGCUAACCUAGCAGGCACAGAGCACUACGUGGAUGUUGGCAAGAGCAAACUCCGGCAGAAAGACUCGGUUUCGUUAGGGCCUCAGUACCGCGGUGCUCGGGUUAGUCGGCAGGCUCUCGAAGACAGCGAUGAGAGCCAAGAAGGCAGUGAAGACUUUGAAGAUGCGCACGAGGCAUUGGACUCCGGAGAGGAAGACGAAGACGAGGGCGAGGACAAUGAAUCGGAGGAGGAAUACGACGACCCGGAAACCGCCGACCUUGCAGCCGAUCAAGCCAGUGCGGACGAAGACGCAGAAAUCGACAGUGACAAUGCUCUAGUAGAGAGCGACGAUGGAGACCUCAGAGACUUUGUCUUUCGCGGCAGCUCAAAGCCCAGAGACGGGGCUGUGAAGAGGAAAAAGCGACCUGUCGCUGCAGACUUCAUAUCCUCUUCCGGAGAAGAAUCGGACAACGGUGGACUCGAUCAGGAGGAUGAGGAAGAGACAGAAGAUGGCGAUGAGGACAUCGGCGGUGCAGGUCUCCUAGACACGGAGGCGGAGGAGGAGACGGACCAGUCUGCCAGCCAAGAUGAUGAUGACGAUGACGAGGACGACGAUGAAGAUGACCAUGAUAUGGACGAGGCCAGUGAUUUGGACGGCUUCAUCGUCGGCGACGAUGAAUCGGAGUCUGAACAGGAGGAGGACGAGGAGGACAACACCGACGAGGACGACGAGGACGACGAGGAAGACGACGAUCAUCCCAAGGCCCGCCCAUCUAAAGGCAGCGAAAGCGAUGCCCGUGCCGAGCAGCGCAGGCUGAUGAACGAAGGCCAAAAGGCGCUUGUGGCCAGUAUAACGGCCGCGGCACAGCAAGAUGCGAAAAAGGGCCAGGCCGUGCGCCAGCAACGGAAAGUCUUCGACGGACUCCUCAACCUUCGUAUCAGACUUCAAAAGGCGCUUGUGGCCACCAAUUCCUUCUCUGCCUUUGACGGGGAGGACGCGGAUGACAAGGACUCGACACCGUAUCAAGCGGCCGAGGAAGCGGCCCUUCAGCUUCUUGCCACCCUUGACAGCGUCCGCGCCAGCAUAGUACCCGCUCCCAUGGUAGGCGAGAAGCGCAAGCGCGACACGGAGGACAAUACCUCAGAAACCCUGUGGCAAGAACUACAAGACACCGAGGAGCGGGCGUCGAAACAGCGGAAGAAGGUACUGGAGACCUGGGCGAACAAGACCAAGAGCACGACAGUCGAGGUAAAGAGCCGCAAUCUCAUCGCGUCGCGGCAAUCACUAGUCGCGACCCUCGAGGAUCAGCUGGUGAAUUCCGACCGCCUCCUGAAGCGCGCGCGGACUCCACGGUCCUGCGCGCCGCUACAGGUGGCGAAGAAGGUCAACGAAGACGCGACCAUCUACGACGAUGCCGAUUUCUACCAGCUACUCCUCAAGGAGUUGGUGGACCAACGUACGGCGGACGAGACGUCCGGUGCGGCAACGAGCGGAGCCGUCGCGACGGUGCGGUGGGCGGCGGCGAUGAAAGACGCCAAGGUGAAGAAGCAGGUAGACCGGCGGGCGAGCAAAGGUCGUAAACUUCGGUUCAAUAUCCAUGAGAAACUGCAGAACUUCAUGGCGCCCGAGGACCGGCGGACGUGGGAACAGGAUGCCAUCGACAGGUUGUUCGGCACCCUGUUUGGACAGAAGAUGGAGCUCGCCGAGGGAGGCGCGUCGGAUGAGGAGAUGGAUGCUGUGAACGCCGAGGAGGAAGGGCUGCGGUUGUUCAGGAACUAA